AUGUGCUUAAGAAGGACAUCUAAGUAUGUGGCAUGGACACUUAAGAAGCGCCUGUGGAAAAUAUUGUUGGCUUCAAUGCUUAUAAUAGUGUUAUUCUGGUUUAAACAUAAGAAAAAUGGAAAACGAGCAUCAACAUCAUCGGCCUGCGAACCAAUGGAUGUUGUUUACACGUGGGUUAAUGGCAGCGAUUCACAUUUUUAUCAAACAAUAACUCAAUACAGAGAGCAUUAUGACAAAAAUAGAUUUGAUGAUAAGAAUGAAUUAAAAUAUUCUUUACGUUCGCUGGAAAAAUAUGCCCCUUGGAUUCGACAUAUAUACAUUGUUACAAAUGGUCAAAUUCCGGGGUGGUUGGAUUUGUCAAAUGAACGUAUAACCAUUGUACCACACAAAUUGUUAAUACCAAACGAACAAUGGUUGCCAUUAUUUUCAAGUGCUGCCAUAGAAACGUUUAUUCACCGUAUCCCCAAUUUAUCCAAUAGGUUUCUUUAUUUGAAUGACGACAUAUUUCUGGGUUCUGAGUUGUAUCCAGAAGAUCUUUACACUCAUUCAGAAGGCACACGGGUCUUCCAAGCCUGGCUUGUUCCAGAAUGUUCUCAGAAUUGCCCCUGGACAUAUAUUGGUGAUAAGAUAUGUGAUUAUCACUGCAACGUUUCAGAAUGCCAAUAUGAUGGAGGAGACUGUGUCAAUGAUGUUAAGUAUAAGACCGGCAUAGGUUUUCUUGAGGCAUUAACACAAAACCAACGUAGUCAAAAACAAUCAGAAAAUAAAAGAAACUUUAGAAAUAGAAAGGGCAAAAUUGUUAGCACAAGGUCUACAAAACACUUUGCGGAUAUAUUGAAUGGUUCUAAUUUGACACACCCGAUCAAUGUGAAGGCUCUUGUAGAUACUUUCAACAAACAUCAUCAGUCCAUUAAUGCCCCAAUAUUACACACAACUGCCAAACAUUUUAGAUCCCCUCUAAAUACAAGUGACAAUUUUUCACAAUCAUUAAUAUACACGAACAUGCUGCUAAAUCGUCGAUAUGGAUUUAAAGCAAGGCACGUCAUUAGCCAUGUAGGAUUCCUAUUAGAUAAGCAAAUCAUUGGGGCGAUGCAAAAAAAGUUUGCCCAUGAAAUAUACAUUACGGCUACACAUAGAUUUCGGGCACCUGAUGAUCUGCAAUUUGCUUUUCUGUACUAUUCAUUUCUAAUGGAGGAGACCUUCACUGAGACUAUAGAGAGUAUUUUUGGCGAGUUUGACACAGACAAUUCUCUUACAUGGUCCGAUAGAGAAAUUAGAACGUUAUUGGCAAAAAUGUUUCCCUUACCUUUGGAUUGGUCCGCUGUUCGUUUUUUUGAAGAAGUUAUUCAAAAUUGCAGUCAAUCCAAUGGGUACGGAAGUGCGGCCCUGAAUAAAAAUCAACAUACUACAGUUUUAUACGAACGAUACGAAGAUUCUCAUUUGCCCACGGUCACCAAGGAUUUGGUGAAGAAAUGUCUGCCGUUGGUGGAAGCAUUAACCUUAAAUUUUGCCCAAAAACCCAUGUAUAAGUAUAAAAUAAACUCGAAGAGAAAUGUGUUAAAUAAUUUCAUGAUGCUCACCUCAAAUGUAACGGAUGUUGUAGAUGCUUUAGACAGAAUCAGAAGAGAUCCAAGAAAAUUCAAUUGCAUUAAUGACAACUUGAAUUCUAAAUAUCCGGAAGAGAAUGAAUUGAUUCGUCACCUACUGGAAGAUUUUUAUUUGUCCUUUUUUCCUCAUCGAAGCAAGUUCGAAUUGGAUCACCAAUAUCGCAACAGAUUCGAAAAUUAUACGGAUUAUGUGAACUGGCGUUUGAAAAUGCAAAUAUUCUGGAUUGUUAUCUAUGGGGUUUGCGUUAUAUUUAUGAUUUUCAUUGUUCAAUCAAUUUGUAGGAAAAAAAGACAAAUCCUAUUUAUAAAGUAUUGCCAUAUUACCAAAUAA